CGGGACUUUUAUUUUGACAGUGUAUUCUUCUUCUUUACUGCGGCUUGCAUCACGCCGCUCGCGAGCUAAGCGUUGCCCACGCGCUGCAGUGACCUGGAUUGGUGAGCGUGUGAUGGUGGCCGAGGAGAAGUGAAAAGGUGUAAACAGUGAAUUCGGUUCAGUGUUUUAAUCCGAAUCAUGUCUGAAGACAGUAGAAAGCGGAGCUGGCGCGUGCGCGCUCACGGAGCUAAGCGGCCGCGGCAGGACCGCGCGCUGAGCGCGGGCAUGCAGGGCGUGCUGAUCACCUGCAACAUGAACGCACGCAGGUGCACGGCGGAAGCCUACAGCCUGCUGGGAGAGUACGGAGAGAAGCUGUACGGACCUGAGCAGUUGGGAGAUCCUGACGGCAGUGACAGCGAUGAGGCUGAGGAUGAAGAUGAUGUGGAGGCAGCUCUGAAGAAAGAAGUGACGCAGAUCCAGUCGUCCAGCAAGAAACGGGAGCGGCGCUUCCAGGCGGUGGACAGCGGAGCCAAUAACGUCGUCUUCAUCCGCACGCACGACGUCGACCCGGAGAAGCUGGUUCACCACAUCCUGCAGGACCUUCACCAGACGAAGAAGAAGAAGUCUCGGGUGAUCCUGCGGAUGUUGCCGGUCAGCGGCACCUGCAGGGCGUUUCCAGAGGACAUGGAGAAGUACCUGAGCUCUUACCUGGAGCCGUGGUUCAAAGCUCCAAACCGCGCCUCCUUCCAGAUCAACUUCAAGGCCCGGAACAGCAGCCACAACAAGAGAGAGGAAGUCAUCAAAUCUCUGGCAGGUUUGGUGGCCAAGCUGAACCCUGAAAACAAGGUCGAUCUGACCAACCCUGAGCUGACCAUCAUCGUGGAGAUCAUAAAGUCCGUGUGCUGCGUCAGCGUCGUCCGGGACUACAUGCUCUUCAGGAAGUACAACCUGCAGGAGGUCAGCAAAGCAUCGACCAAUCAGGAGCAAGGCAAACGAGAAGCUGCGCAAGGGGAGGCGGACCCGGAACAGAACGAGGUGGAGCCAGAGAAGAACAAGGCGGAGUUGGAGCAGAACCAGGCAGGGCCUGAGCAAAAUGAGGUGGAGUCAAAGGAGGUCAAAGAGGGUGGGACAGACGGGGAGACGGAAGGAGGAGUCAAGGAGACUGAAGAGGCGGAGCGAGAGUGAUUGACAGUUGAAAUACAGCUGCACUCCUGAACAAUCAGUACAGAGCAGGGUUCUUUUUACUGGGCCUGCUGUCUGUGCUGACAGACUGGGAUCUGCUUUCUAAAGGGUUUUAGAGACUUAAUUUAGUCCAGACUGAGACUGAGCCUGCGUCAGGUGACGUACAGUCUGUUUAGAGGAAGUUUCUCUCUGUUUUAUGGGUGUGAAACAGUGUGGAGUUUAGUUUUUUAUUGUUAUUUUUACUGAACGAGGAUGCUGAGCUGCUGCGCUUCACACCGGUUCACUGCAUCAGUUUAGAUUUACACAGCUGGACUGAGCUGCACCAGGUUUGCGAAGGUUUACAUUUAAGUCUGUGUUUAAAGUCUUCAGUUACACUAAAUUUGGUUGCACCACAAACCCGUAAGUUGUGUCUUCACUAGUAACAACUAACUAACGCGUACGUCGCUAUAACACGACGAAAACACGAUCAGAACCGAUCUGUAAACCCGCUGCCAUGGAAACCCGACGGCAGCUGCUCUGACUGAAUAUUCAGCCUAGAAGAGAAGGAUGUGUACGGGUUAAACUGAAUAAACCUAAUUAUUUACAGUCACUGUCUGUUUAUUCUUUAAUAUUUCACUGAGAAACCAAAUACGCAACUUUUUAAAUGCCGGUUUCUGGCUGAGCGACACAACAGCAGAUCAGUUUAGUCAUUCGGGCUGCUGAGUCUCUGAGCUGGAGCUGUGGGUGUUUAGCUUCAUGACCAGAGUUUAAACCAGGGCGACGAUUAGGGCUGUGAGUAAAAUCAGUGUUUAGUUGUAGCUUAGUAACCAAAAAAGUCCUGUUUUUGUCUUUUUUGUGCUGUCUGUGUGUUUCUGUGAUGGUUUCCCCAAAACUCACACCUGCUGAGGGGGGUGUGGACAUUAAACAGCUACUAAACUCAGCGUUAGUUUGUGGUGCAGCUCGUUCUGAUUUAGUGAUGAUAAACCUGAACUUAGUAAACACUUACGGUACAGCUAGCCUACGUUUGUACUUGCGCACAGCUGGGGCAACUGGCCACUGGGGGAGAAAUGGAGUUUAGGCAACACUUUCUUUCUUUUACAGUGCUUUAAGUUUUAGGUAUUAACCAGAUACGUGUUAAGUACAAACUCCAAAGUACUAGAUAAUAAUUGUGGGGUACCAUGAUGGGAAGUUCUGAGUCAGUUUAACUAAACUAUCCUGAAAAGCCCAACCAGUUCUAGAUAGUAACUUGGUAAGUGGAACAAACUCCACAGUGCUGUGUGAUUAUUUUGGAUAACUAAUUUACACUGAAAUGAUCAGGUUCUAGCUAUUGAACUGAAAGGACACAGUAAAAUAUCUGUUUUUUGGGGUGACAAGGUAAUAAAAAUCACACAGUAUUGUGGAGUUUGUACCACAUAAUUACUCAGUUAAUAUCUAGAACGUGGCAUUUCCGUGUAAUUCACUCAGACUGCUUUAGAACGUACCAUCUUGUUACCGCUAAUAGUUAUCUAGUACUUUAGAGUUUGUACCCCACACCUAAGGAACUGUUUAGUCCAUUCGUUCUGCUUCCUAAACAGGAUUAACUCUGGAUUGUUGCUUUAAGUCCGUUUAUUAUUGUGUUUUUACCCUGUCGAAAAACCCAUAUAAACCAUUGUGUUUCUGUUGGUUCCUGAUGGUUCUGUAAUGUGUUUUGUCUUUUUUAAUGGGUUUAUAUCACUGCAUAAAGGAUCCUAAUGGUCUAACAGGUGACCAGUGGGUGAUUCUAAAUGCAUUUGAUGGUUUCCUAAACUGAACUAUCUUUCUACUGACACUGAAUAAAAGUACCAACAAAGUAUGA